GCGCCCCUAGACGGUCGGCCAAGCCAGGGGCGCGGGCACCUGGGAGGCGCCGGAUUGAGGCGAGAGCAUCAGCCGAGCCUGGCUCCCCUGCCCAUUUAGUUCGGGACCCACCAGGAAGAGGCUGAUCAUUCUACCUCCUGUGGCCACAAUGCUGACCGCCCGCCUCUACAGACCCCUGUCAAAGCUCCCUGGGAAAACCCUGAGUUUCUCUGGUGCAGAAGAUGGAACAAGGCACACACUGCUGUUUUACUCUGCCUCCUUCGUCCCUGCUGGUCGUCGCACUUAUGCUGAUGCAGUGAACCCGGCUGGCAGCAAAGCUGUCCUGGUCACAGGCUGUGACUCUGGGUUUGGGUUCUCCUUGGCCAAGCAUCUGCAUUCAGAAGGCUUCCUUGUGUUUGCUGGCUGCUUGAUGAAGGACAAAGGGGAUGUUGGAGCCAAGGAACUGGACAGCUUGAAGAGUGAUCGACUGAGAACUGUUCAGCUCAACGUCUGCAAAAGCGAGGAGGUGGAGAAAGCGGUGGAGAUCGUCCGCUCAAGCCUGGAGGACCCCGAGAAAGGCAUGUGGGGCCUGGUUAACAAUGCGGGCAUCUCAACGUUCGGGGAGGUGGAGUUCACCAGCAUGGAGACCUACAAGGAGGUGGCAGAAGUGAACCUCUGGGGCACAGUGCGGAUGACGAAAUCCUUCCUCCCCCUCAUCCGAAGGGCCAAAGGCCGCGUCGUCAACAUCAGCAGCAUGCUGGGCCGCAUGGCCAACCCGGCCCGCUCCCCAUACUGCAUCACCAAGUUCGGGGUGGAGGCUUUCUCUGACUGCCUGCGCUACGAGAUGCACCCUCUGGGUGUGAAGGUCUGUGUGGUGGAACCCGGCAACUUCGUCGCUGCCACCAGCCUCUACAGCCCCGAGCGCAUCCAGGCCAUCGCCAAUAAGAUGUGGGACGAGCUGCCUGAGGUGGUGCGCAAGGACUACGGCAAGAAGUACUUCAAUGAGAAGAUCGCCACCAUGGAGACCUACUGCAACAGUGGCGCCACCGACAUGACCCCCGUCAUCGAUGCUAUCACCCACGCCCUGACCGCUGCAAACCCCUACACCCGCUACCAUCCCAUGGACUACUACUGGUGGCUGCGAAUGCAGAUCAUGACCCACUUGCCUGGAGCAAUCUCCGACAAGAUCUACAUACACUGAAGAGCUUCCAGCUGUUCUGUUGGGAGCCCUGGUGGGAGGGAAGAGGAAGGAAGGAGGAACUUGUAUAGUCACCUCUUCAUUACCUACUUGUGGAUUAUCCACCAUCCCAGGAGGACCCACUACCAGUUUUAGUGUCAAUUGGAGGGGGUAGCCCAGCCCGACUUGUGUGGACACUAAGUGUCUGGGGCCUCCUCGCUCAGGGUGUGGAGUGGUGGGCAGGACCCCUAAACCUCAGGGCAAACAUGGUGCCUCUGUCUUUCUGGAGUUGAUUUCAUACAAAGAUUUUAAGGGAAACAUCUUUAUAUUAAAAACAGAUUUAUUAUAAAAUAGAAUCCAAAUCCUUUACAUUUUAAGCCAAAACCCCAUUCAAAAAGUUUAUCUCAUUUGAUCCGUAAGCCAACAUCCUGAGUAAGGGAACAGAUUCUUUUCUUUUGUGCACAAAGAAUUUGCAGCUCAAAGAGGAUAUAUGAAUAAUCCUUUUAUUGCUUGUAAAUGGUCCAAGUCAUGUGUUCCUGUCACUGCUGUAGAAAUGCUUCACAUUGUGUGUUCCAGGGCUCUCUGGAUCCAGCUGAGUCCUCUGAGCUCUGUGACCUUGCCUGAGCUUUACCAUGUGUCCGUGGUGCACCUCUCUGCAUGUCCAUGGGGCCGGUGUGUGUGGCCACAGCCAGCAGUUCAGAACUGACUGUGUGGAGGGGAUGGGACAUUGUAGAGAUUUCCAUUUGAGAUUUCUCAACCUCUCUUAAGACUUAGGAUAGGCUUAUGGAGGUGCUCUUUGGCUAAGAGGGCGGCUUCUGGUUUGGGUCUGCUUAGUUUUGCCUGGGGUAGAACCCCUGUUAAUGGGGCAUCCUUAGCAGGAGCUGUGGUGCAAAGGCCAGGCCCUGUGGCACCCUCUCUCCCAGGGGUGGGUCUGGAGUCUCUGCCUGUCUUAUGUGGUGUUCACACACACACACACACACACACACACACACACACACACACAUUUGUUCUGUAGGGCUCAGGGUGGCCGCCUUUGAUGUCUUGCCUUCUUGAUGUGUCCUUAUUUUUUAAAAGAAUAGUUUGUUGAUUUUUAGAGAGAGAAAGAAGGAGAGAGAGAGAAACA